GUAGUUUUUUACUGGCUACUAUUCUUAACUCCAUAAACCAAUAAAAAAUUGGUUUGGAUCCUCUAAAUUAGGAACAAAGCUGAUUGUUUUGUUCUUUUUUCGAAUUUUCGGUUCUUUUCGAGAUUUCUUUAGUUUUUUGUUACAUUAUAAAAGAAAAUGUUUUCUUCAUCGGUUAAAGAUUAUAUUGUUACCGACAAAUUAGGAGAAGGAACUUAUGGAGUAGUUUAUAAGGCAAAGUUUAAAGAAACAAAUGAAAUUGUUGCUAUGAAAAAGAUUCGUUUAGAAAAUGAGGAUGAAGGUAUUCCAAGCACAGCUAUUAGAGAAAUUUCUAUGCUACGAGAAUUGAAGCACCAAAAUGUUGUUCGCCUGCAGGACAUAAUACUUGAGGAAAAUAGAAUAUACUUGAUAUUCGAAUUUCUUAGUAUGGAUCUCAGGAAAUAUAUGGAUGCUCUUCCAGAUGAAGAACAACUUCCAUUUGACCUUGUGCAAAGUUAUUUGCAUCAAAUUAUAACGGGAAUGAGAUUUUGCCAUGAACGAAGAGUACUUCAUAGGGACUUGAAACCUCAAAAUUUGUUAAUAGAUAGGACUGGCUUGAUCAAAUUGGCUGAUUUUGGGCUUGCCAGAGCAUUUAGUGUUCCUGUGCGAGUCUAUACUCAUGAAGUUGUCACUUUAUGGUAUAGGGCCCCGGAAGUUCUUCUCGGUUCCGAAUAUUACUCGACGCCCAUAGAUAUCUGGUCUAUUGGAUGUAUUUUCGCGGAAAUGACUAAUAAAAGACCGCUAUUUCAUGGUGAUUCAGAAAUUGAUCAAAUACUAAAGAUUUUUAGAACUUUAUCAACACCAACAAACGAAACUUGGCCUGGUGUUGAAAAUCUACCAGAUUAUAAAUCCAUUUUUCCAAAGUGGCAUUUAAACAUUUUAGCUGACAGGUGCCCGAAUAUGUGCGCUGAAGGUUUGGAUCUGCUAAGGAAAAUGAUAAGUUAUAAUCCCCGUUCUCGCAUUAGUUGCAGAGAAGCAAUGUACCAUCCUUAUUUUGAAAAUUAUAGAGGUUUAUAGGUUAAUGAUGGCAAAAUAUUUUUAUGAGGAAUAAGGCCCGAAUGUGGGCCUCCCAUCCACACCUAAAUUUUGCCAGUUUAUCCAUGAUAAUCUUGCGGUUAAGUCUAUAAAAAAAUAUGUUUAUUAAUUGAAAAAAAAUAUAUCUCUGCAGAUGAUAGUAAAUCAAUAUAACAGUCGUACCGCUUGUAUUCCACAAAACCGAUUCUCUUUCUUCAGAUCUUAAACAUGUGUCAAUAUACUGAACUGGAUGAAUGUCAGCUUCUAAGAGGUCGCCCAAAAGUGCAAUAUAGGCGAUUGCCAGCUUGAGGGUAUCAAUUUUUGACAGCCGUUUUUCGUAUGGAAAAGUAGGAACAUGAACUCUCAGUUCUUCAAAAGCACUAUUUAUGCUCAUCAUUCUCCUUCUUUCUCGAACAUUAGCGGCCUGCCUAGUCUGGAUUGUGUAGGGAAUACCAUUUGGGUCGUAGUGAAUUGUUAAUGAAUCAUCUCCGCAUCUGUGUUAUCCGUUUGUUAACAUUAAAAGAAGCAGAAAUAAAACAAAACAAUAAGUACACUCACCCACAGUCGAAUUGCUGAUAUUCGUAAAGGCAGGAAGAACGAUAUUCACUCUCAUCUUUUGCUAAUGUAGACAUGUUAAUUGUUCCCCAGCGUUUUUCCAAGUGUCGGCGUUCUUGUUUAUAUACUCCUCGCGAUUGAAAUGACAAAAUCAUACGGCGUCGACAAAUUAGCGUUAAGACGGUGUCAAUACCACUCGACCGCGAUUACGCGCCGGCGUCGCUUUAAAAAGAGCGUCUGUCCGUGACAGCCCUUAAGGGCGUUCUUUUAGCGGUGUUCACGCU